AAGAAAGAAAGAAAGAAAGAAAGAAAGAAAGAAAGAAAGAAAGAAAGAAAGAAAGAAAGAAAGAAAGAAAGAAAAAGGUAUUAACCCCUUUGGGGAACCAUAAUUAUUUCAGUGAGAGUUGGACUGGGCCCUCUACAGCAGUAGAAAUUCUAGGUGCUGGUAUUCUGCAUGUAAAUGAACACUUGUCUGUGUUAUGUUUGCUUUAUUUGUAUAAUGUGCUAAGCUUCACAUACCACAAUGGAAAAGAAAUAUUUGACUGUGGGCACUGAAGAAGGAAAAAACAACUUAGCAUUUUCAACAGCGUUAAGCCUCCCUGAUGAAUAAUUUCCUACUUGACUUGCACACAAAAGAGGUGGGAAGACCCCAGAGCCCUUUGAAAGAGACAAGACUGGAAUCAUGGAGUCAGCCCCAGUCGCAACGCCGUGUCACGUUUCACCUACCAGACGGUUCCCAGGAAAGCUGCAGUGACAGUGGGCUUGGAGACCAUGAACCCAGCAGCAGUGCUAGCACAUCGCAUCCGCUGCCCCUUGGUUUCCCCCAGGAGGAGUAUUAUGAACAGGCUUCCCCCAACAGUCGGACAGAAGGAGAUGGCAAUUCAGACCCAGAGUCCACUAUUGAAGUGAAUCUCCAAAAAGCCCUUGCUGAAGCUUCCGAAACCUGCACACAAGAAUGUCUUAUCCUAGGCCAUUCUGACAACUGCUGGAUGCCACCUUCUUUGACACAGUACCAACAAUCCAACCCUCCUUUGCCAUCAUUUGGUUUCCAGCAAGGAUGGGGUCGAGGAAGCAGGCCCGAGGGAAGACAUGCGCAUGGAAGGCCCCUUCUGAAGGAUGAUAGUGACAAAAGCCAAGGUGGUCCACGGCCCCAGUUCUAUAACACCUGUGAAAGACAUUGUACCAGUGAAGAUACAGUCAAGGUGAUUCCCCUGGCCAACUUCAGUCCAUCGCAACAGGCACCGGUGUCGGGGAGCAACACCUUUAUACACGAGCACCAGCUAUAAAGGCACGUCUGUCAAAUCAGCUAUUUCAGGCUUUAAAGUGUAAGUGUGUAUAGUCACAGCCUAGCAGUUAACUUUACUGCAUAUACAAACCUGUUAGGCUUGUGAAUAUUUAUGUAAAUAGAAUUCUGAAUUGAAUUUCGAGAGCUGAAUCCUUAGUAGUGAGUUAAAGGAAAUUUACCAUAAUUGUUAGUCAAAAGUAUGCACAACAAACACAACUGGGUCAUCAUAGCACAAAUAACAGCUUGUUUGGGCAGGGAUCAUCUUCCUAUGUCUGGUAAUUCCCUCACACAUUUUGAGCACUAUCAUAAUCUAUGGAAUAGUCACAAAGAUGACUCUUUUUUAUUUUAUAUGUAUAUUAUAUUUAUCACAUCCAUUAGACAGGUUUCCAUUUGUUCUUCUGUCAGUAGCAAACAGAGAUUAAAUAGCCAGUUUGUCAAACUAUUACUUGAAAUCGGUGAUUAAAUAAGUGAUUUAAUUCUCUGCAUGCAAGGCACUCUUACAAUACUAUGUUUUCUAUGACAGGGAAGUGAAGUGUAUUAAGUCUUCCUGAUGCCUUUUGCCUUUCCUUUUAAGGGUGUACUGCCUCACUUUACCUGUGUUCACUAUUUCGGGAAAAAUAACAUAAAAGAAAUAUGAAACGGAAUAUUUUAUUUGACCUUAAUGUUCUUUUGCUAAAUAGAUACCUCUAAAAUGAUGUUUGCACUACAAUUUUACAAAGAGAAUGUCUUGCUUUCUAAGAUUUACUUUUUCUAGAUGAAUGCAAGCUAUGUCCCAAUCCAUAUUCCACCUGCCAGUUUUCAGCCAUGAGUCCAUCACUAAUCAUGUCUUUACCCUGCAAAUUUCAUAUUGGUUAAUGUCCUUGUGAAUUGGGGAUUGCAUAAACACAGAAGGAAACUGGGUAGAUUUUACAGCUGAUUCAGUACCGUGGCUGUAAACUACUGUUGUCUUGAGAAUAUUAUGGUGAUUUAAAUGUUAAUUUUACAGCCCUAUAGUCAGUCACUGCAGGUUUUCAGUAAAGAAUUAAAUAUAACCUUAGAUACUGCACACUAAACCUAUUAGAGUAAGGCACUCUUGUCAUUCUAGCUUAGUUUACUGAAGAAAAUUACUGACAUUACUCUGCAAAGAAAGAGGAAGCCAGGAGGUGAAUGUUGGAUGGAUGUAAUUAUAAAUAUACCCCAAUUAUGCUAUUCUCCAGGAACUCAAGGUGAUGUACUGGAAAGAUUAGGCAUUCUUGAUUGAACCUUGUGCUGUAUGAGCUACUCUUUAUAUAGCAUAAAAGAAAUCUAGUGAAUCCUAUAUUGGACACAAGAGGAUGUCUUUCUUAGAUGGAGAAAUUUCUGCAUUUUCUUCCUGGUAUUUUGUUUUGAUUCAUCCAUGAUGUCAGGAAUGAUGCAUACAUUUCACUAUCAAAUAACACAGUCAGUUAAAAUACUACUUAAAUCAAGAGACAAUCUAAGUUUGAUGGGUGUGGGGGGGAAUGAGUACUUCCUAUAGAUGGAAUUCUGUGUAGGCUUCUUUAUGUAACUUUAAAUCUGUAAUUUAUAAACAAAAUUGUGUGUAAAAAAGCUGUAAUAUAAACUGCUUGUACAAUGUAUAGAAAUUCCAGGUGUGGAGGGUUCCAAUGGAUGCUAAGAGAGUUUCUCCUAUGUGCCCAGCAGGUAUAAGUAGCUUUAUAUAUUGUUGUCCCCACUGUAAAUCUAUUCAAAACACAGUUAGUUUGAAUGUGCAAAAUAAAAGAAGCUUCACCUUUAACCUAAUGAUAGGGUUUAAUUAAUGAAACCUCAGAAUAUCUAAUGGUGUAUUGUUUCCUUUUUAUGUAUAUUGCUUAAUAAUGUUUAAGCAAGAUGUGGCACACUGGCUUCCAGUUGCAUGUAAAUCCUGGAAAAAAUGUUAAUCUGCUGGAUACUGACACACAAUAGCUGCUCAUGUCUAGUUCAGGCAUAAGUAAGAAUUUGACAAAUUAAUCCAGACUUAAUCUGUAUAAAGGCUUCUAUAUUUCUUUAUAGGAAAAUUUGAAGGCACUUUUCAAAGAUGUACAGAGAUUCAGCUCACCUAUUCAUUCUAGAAAAAUUGGACUCCUCUGCCAUCAUAUUCACCCUGAUUAAACAAAGGACCUAUUGAGUGUUAUACAGGAACGAUACACCAUAGCAAGUGUUUACAGGAUUGGAUCCCUGUGCUGAAAAAUGUUCAAACAUAAUCUUGUCUGUAUGAUUUCCAUUCGGGCUGAAAAUUGCAAUAGAAUGUUCUCGGGCACAGCAUUUCACCACUUAAAUUAAUUUCCACAAUAAAUUGGAAAUUAAUAGGCAGAAUUUUUCCAAAAUCAAUACAAACAUGACUUUCAGCAUUAAGUAAUCCUUUUAACCUAUUUUUAUAUUUGUUCAUGUUGUUUUUCCAUAUCUUAUUUCCCCCACUCCCCCCCAAAAAAACCCAACCCCAAACACAUGCUUUCUGUACAAAGUGUUCUGAUUGGGAUCCCUGAACUCUCUAUGCCAGUAUUUAUCAAUGAUCAGUCCUGGGACUCUCACCAGUCCUUAAGCUCUCCCUGAUAAACUUUAGGUAAGCAGCGAGCUGGUCCCUGGUAUCAAAAUGUGUGAGAACUGCUGUUCUACAUAGUUCUAUUUUCUAAAGCAUGCUAAUGUUAAGGAAACAGACCUAAUCCUUCUACAUUCUUCCCCCCCCCCAAAAUUUUAAGGAUACAUUUUCAGAGACCUACUUUUUUUCUACAUUCAGUCUUCCUGUGGGAAAAUGAUUUUGACUGAGAGUCUCAUUUUUCACCAAGACUAAGUUACUUUUUCAGUGAAAGAAAAAUAAAUUUACCACGGCAAAUUUCUCAAGUGCCUUCACUUACAUGUUCUCUGUUAAGAUACAGUCCAUCCUGUGAAGACUUUUGAGAAUUUCCAAGAUUCCUGCUACAUGCAGUACUACUUAAAAUUUAAGGAUUCGAUUUUUGAAGUCUUACUAUCAUUCCUCACACAACAGUCCUGCAUAGAGUCCUCUGUCUAGUGUGCGGCGCUGUAUCACACAGGAGUCUAUCCACACAGAUAAGUGCAAGAUGAUAUCCUACAAGCAAAGACAUGCUACCCCACACACAACUCCCCUGAAGGAAAGUGUCUCCAGAAGGAUCCAUUUUCAACAUCAAUCUCCAAAUCUGUAAGUUUUUCUUCAUCGAUGAUACUCUGUGAAAUGUCUGAAUUCCAUUUGGAUGACUUUCUUGAGUAUUUACUCUAAAUCAACUUUGUUGAUCAUUUCACAUAUGACAUUGUAAGUAGUGGCACUUAUUUUUUCCUGUUUCUCACAGAAUUAUAGCAAUAUUUACUUUGAUGUACAGUACUGUGGGUUGUUUCUGCCUUCUUAUGAGUUUGCAUUAAUUAGCCUCGUUACUUCUGUUAUUUAGAGGAAAAAGAAGCCUACUUGAAACAGCUUGAACCAAACUUUGGGGCUAUGUCUACAAUGCAGGCUUCGUAUGAAAGAACUGUUUUGUGCAAAAGUUCUUGC